GUCAAAAAUAAAUUCUAAACAAAUGGACUAAAAAUAAUUUAUCGCUAGUUUCUUUUACAAAGUAUUAUAGCAAAAAAAUUUAAAUUAAAACGAAAUUAUCGCUUCUACUGAUACAAUAUGUCGAAACCUCAAACAAUGCUACAUUAUCAAAACAGUCAAUAUACGCGUGUAAUGAAUUUAAAGUAUAAAUCAAAGUAUAAACGCCUAAAACGUCAAAUUAAAAAUUUUGUAUUUGAAAAUGCUGCGCUGUGUGAUGAGGUUGCACAGGUCCAAGCUGAUUUGGCAACUGCCCGCGAGGAACGUCGUUAUUUGAUUAAACGACUUAUGCGUCAUGAGGGUAUUGAUAGUUUAGAACAACAGCAAAUGGAACAGCACGAUAUUCCCAACUCGCAACAAAAAGGAUCAAGCAAAGCAGUUAAUUCGGUGCCCAAAAAACGUGGUCCCAAGAAACGUUUACCAACGCCGCAGGGGCAAGAAAAAGUCGACAGACGUUAUAAACCACGCGAUAAAGUUAUUUUAGACGCCAGUGGAAAACCUAUGUAUCCAAUCAAUCUAUGUAAUAUACUUAUACACUCACCUGGUGAGAUUAUACCCAUAAAUCCAAAUUUCCACACAAGUAACUGGAUAUAUCCAGUUGGUUAUGUUGCCACCCGUAUAUAUGCCCACCCAAAGGAUCCACAACGAAAAUGUGUUUACACCUGUAAAAUACUUAACAAUGCUGGAAUGCCACAAUUCCAAAUAAUACCAGACAAUGAUUUGGACAGUGUUUUCUUUGGCGAAACAGCUAACAUCUGUCAUAAGGGUUUAUUGGAAACACUUCAGCGUACAUUAGCCGAUGUGGUUCAGUUGCCGCUGCAGGUGCAAGGCGAAAAGUUUUUCGGACUCGCUAAUCCGACUGUAAAAUCUCUGCUCCAAAUGGAUCCUGGUUAUGCACAAUGCUCGAAUUUUCGAGGGUUUCUAGAUGAAGGAGAUACAAAUGGUAACGGAAACUUGUCUCUUCUUGAAGAUAAAGACCCAACAAUGAGUUUUGAUGCAUUACAAACACUGAUCGCCGUAUCAACGUAUCACAAUAUGCCUGAGGUCAAAGAUGAACCACCAGAUGAAUUGUUAGACUUGAAAUAAAUGCAAGCGCAYGUAUAAAAGUUACUUUGAAAGAAAUUUAUUUAAAUCGUUUAUCUCACGUGUAUAUUUAUGUAUAUUUAUACAUGUACAUAUAAAACGUACAACAGUAAAAAAAAAUUGUCCGAUUCAUUACAUUACUAAAUAUAUUGAGAAUUUUAUACCUAAUAUGCGAUAUGCUUACUAAAUAUGUAAAUAAAAAUCAGCUUCUAAAAAUACAAA